ACUUCUCCAUGCUUCCUGCAAACACAGCUCACUUGUAGCAGACCAACCAGUAGUUGUCCAGUACCAAUGGCGGCCUCCUCUGUCGUCGUCUUCCUCCUCCUCGCGGCCUUCGUCGCCGGCGCCAGCGCGGCCACCUUCACCAUCAAGAACAACUGCCCCUACACGGUGUGGCCGGCGGCGACCCCCGUCGGCGGCGGCAGGCAGCUCAACUCAGGCCAGACGUGGACCCUCGACGUGCCCGCUGGCACCAGUUCCGGCAGGAUCUGGGGCCGCACCGGCUGCUCCUUCAGCAACGGCCGCGGCCGGUGCGCUUCGGGCGACUGCGGCGGCGCGCUCUCCUGCACGCUCUCCGGGCAGCCGCCGCUGACUCUGGCCGAGUUCACCAUCGGGAGCGGCGACAAGCAGGACUUCUACGACAUCUCGGUGAUCGACGGGUACAACCUGCCCAUGGACUUCUCCUGCAGCAAUGGCAGGAACCUGCAGUGCCGUGCCCCUCGCUGCCCCGACGCGUACCUGUUCCCCAGCGACAAUUCCAAGAACCACCCGUGCCGUGGCAACAGCAACUACAGGGUCACCUUCUGCCCAUGAACGGUGGUCGAACGAUGGUGCAGUAAUGCAUCAUCAUGGCCACGUACGGGAAAGAAAUAAUAAGUUAAUGAAUGAAUAAGACGACCUUUGGGUCGUGCAUGCGUGCAUGCAUCUGAUCUAUACUAUGUACUUUCAUGGAACUUCAGUUAAUAAUUUGCACGUCUUCUGCUAUCGCUACCCGAAACGGUAGAUACGCGGAGUGUUAAA